AUGGUAUUUCAGAGUUUAUAUCAACCAGUGGAAAAUAUUGCAUCCUGGACUCGAUUUUGGUGCGCGCUUGAUAAUGGUUAUCUAAGCUUUUGGCGUUAUCCUGAAGAUGAAAUGAAGAAGGAACCAGUGGUUGUCAUUGAUUUACGCAGUUCAGCUUGUGACGAAGUGAAAGUUAUACCCAUAGAGCGAUGUCCUUAUCCUAAUUCUAUGCAAAUCGAUGUUUGGAUCCCAAGUGAAAAUCCAGAAAUGCUUGAUAAAAUCAGGCAAUUAAAAUUCAAUGAACUUUUAAUUGUUACUUUUAUAUUGGAAAAUCAAAUUAUUUUUAGAAUAUUGAUGGCAGCUGACAAAAAGGAUGAAAUGCAUAAAUGGUUGAAUGCGGUGAAUACUUCUCUGCGAACCCUGACUUUAUGGAACCCAAAGCGGUAA